AUGGUGUUUCAGCAUGAUGGAGCUCCGGCACAUUUUGCUCGCAACGUACGAGAACAUCUUAACGUUCGCUUUCCGCGAGGAUGGAUCGCCCGUGGGGGACCGGUGCUAUGGCCUGCUCGUUCUCCGGACCUCACACCCUUGGACUUCUUUUUGUGGGGUUAUGUGAAGGAAAGAGUGUAUUUCUCCGAUUGCCCAACGGUUGCCGAGAAGGAGCAGCGUGUUAGAUCGGUUUUCGCAUCAAUAACACCGACGAUGGUGCGAAAUGCCACACAAGCCAUAUCCCGACGAGCGAGGUUUCGUAUUGAGCAAGACGGAGCACACUUUGAGCCGUUUCUGUAA